CGUCAUGGCUGCGCGCGCAUGCGUCCUACUGCUGCUGGCAGCGGCUGCCGCAGCCCGCGACUGCAUAGAACUAACUCUCCCCCCAAAAAGCAUCCUCACAGAAUCCAUCUUAAAUGGCACUAUCCUUAAGUUUACCGCGAAAAACCAAACCGUAUACGAAUAUCCUAAAGUUGACGUUUUAAAACUCAUGAAUCGAUUCCCGAAAGUGGUGGUUCCUAGAAACGGAACUAGUGAGCAGUGCAGGAUAGACAGCCAGCUUUUCCUGGAUGGCCUGGAACGCCUGGAGCUUUGGGCGCUGAAAAUGCUCGACGCGACAGCAAAGCCACCAGCGGGCAUCCUAAGUGGAAACGGAAAUCAAUAUGGAGACUUUGACGAGUGCCUCAGUGUGGACGGAGCAGUUAGGGGGAAGUACUGCUUGGCCUCCCUCCAGGUCACCUUCGAAGACCCCAGAUAUGACAACUUGGACUAUCUGAUACACAGCGGACAUUACAUUAGGAGUAAUGUUACUGAUAUGGGUCACCGAGUUCCCCGUUACUCCAGCCUCUUGUGGGGGGUCUGCAUGCCCAGCUCCUGUAGCAGCUUUGACCUGGAGGAAGAACUGUCUCAAACCCUUAAUGGGUUGGGGAUGACAGUAAAAGUCCAUAAUACGAUGUGCACGGUUAAAAAUCCAAAGAGACCUUAUUCUUUUGGAAAAACAUUGUCCAUAACAUUUUUCCUGGCAGUUCUUCUGCUCUUGAGUCUGGGGACGCUGUUAGACGAUGGCAAAGAAGGCCACACAAACUUCGAGAAGUUGCUAAACGCCUUCUCACUAAAACGAAACCUGAGGAAGGUGUUUGACUUAUCUGAUUCUCCUACCAGAGUCAAGGGCGUCGAUACUAUCAGAGGAAUCAACGCAUUAGCUCUGCUGAUCGCCCACAAAUCAAUGGCAAUGGCCCAUAACCCUUAUGUGAAUAAGGUCCAUUUUUCAGAGGUGUUCGGGAUGCCAUGGGCUGUCAUCGGAAGAUCAGCGAUACUUUACACCGACAGUUUUCUAUAUCUGAGUGGAUUUUUAAACGCACACAAUCUGCUUCAAGAUUUGGAUAAGAAAGGAACCAUAGAUGUCAAAGGAAGACUACUGGCUAGAUGGUUCAGAUUAUUCCCGUUGUUCCUCAGCCUGAUGUUGUUCUGCACGUACAUCCUGCCAGACGUGAACAACGGGCCCCAGUGGAACCUGGUGGUGGAGGAGCACAGCAGGGUCUGCGAGAAGACCAUGUGGAAGAGCUUCCUCUUCAUACACAACUACUUCGGAUUUGAGGAAAUGUGCCUAACCCAUACUCACCAAAUCGGCAUGGAUAUGCAGUUAUACGUAGCCACAUUGCCCCUCAUGCUGGUCCUGGCCAAGUCCAGGAACUUGGGCUUAUCCCUGAUCCUCCUGGUGGCUCUGGCCUCCACCAUGUUGAGGUACCUGGCCAUCUACUGGUACGAUAUCAGCAUGUUCGUCUAUUACGGCAUCUCAGUGCAGAAGUUACUGGAUGCUGCCCGAUAUUCCUACAUCUUGCCGACACAUCGGGCCACCAUCUACCUCAUAGGAGUCGCCAUGGCUUACUUUAUGAGAACGAAGAAACUUAAUUUUGCUUUAUCAAAGACCCAAGCGAGAAUCCUAUGGCUGUUCUGCCUAUCCCUGGCGGCGUUCACCAUCGCCAGCCCCUACCGCAUGGGGCUCGAAGGUUACACGUACGAGCAUGGCCCCGCCGCCAUCUUCGCAGCCUUCUCCCCCAUUUUAUGGGGCCUGUUCAUGUGCCUCACCCAUUGGGGCAUUUGUAAUGAUUAUGCGGGCAUAGGCACAGCCUUCGUGGAGUGCUGGGUGUUCAAGUUCUUCAACAAGAUCGCGUACGGCGUAUACCUCACGCAGUUCCCGAUUUUCUUCUACAACGUCGGAGUACAGAGGCAUGCGGAACAUUACAAUCCGCUGUUGCUUUUCCACGUACCAGAAUUGCUGAGUAUCUUCAUGAUUUCAAUCCUUACCACUGUGACUAUAGAAAUGCCAUUCAAUAAGGUUUACAGGAUAUAUUUUGGAAAAUCCCAGACGAAGUUAAAAGAAAAAUAACAGCGACAAGACAAAGACUACAUUUAGCAUAGGAACACACUGUAUAUAGCUAGGUUAAGCCAAACAUCACGUAUCCGCGUAUUUAGCAUUUAGACUUUCGACUAUUUUUAUACCGAGAAUCGACAGACUAGAACAAUAAGUUGUUAAUACAAAAUAAAAAAGUGGUAA